AUGCCGGUGCGGCGGGGGCACGUCGCCCCCCAGAACACCUUCCUGGACACCAUCAUCCGCAAGUUCGAGGGGCAGAGCCGCAAGUUCAUCAUCGCCAACGCCCGGGUGGAGAACUGCGCGGUGAUCUACUGCAACGACGGCUUCUGCCAGCUGUGCGGGUACUCGCGGGCGGAGGUGAUGCAGAAGCCCAGCACCUGCGACUUCCUCCACGGGCCCCGCACCCAGCGCGGCGCCGCCGCCCAGAUCGCCCAGGCGCUGCUGGGUGCCGAGGAGCGCAAGGUGGAGAUCUGCUUCUACCGCAAGGACGGCAGCUGCUUCCUGUGCCUGGUGGACGUGGUGCCGGUGAAGAACGAGGAUGGGGCCGUCAUCAUGUUCAUCCUGAACUUCGAGGUGGUGAUGGAGAAGGAGCGCCCGGGCUCGCCCGACAAGGACACCAACCACUGGGUCACCCCCGCCAACUGGUUCCCCGCAGGGCGCAGCAAGUCCUUCAGGCUGAAGCUGCCGGCGCUGCUGGCGCUGGCGGGCAGCAAGCAGUCGCUGCCGCAGGAACCGCCCGACGCCGUCGUCGUGGACUUCUCCAAGCAGAGCAGCGAGUCCGGCCCCGAGGAGGCCACCUCCUCGCUGGAGCCCAGCUGCCCGGGGGGGGCCCAGCCCGAGGACCAGGCGGCGCUGAUGGGGGACGGGUCCCCCCGAGCGCAAGCGCCCGUCACCCACUCCUCGCCGCGCGCCGACCGCCUGGCCCUGCACGCCGCCUUCUCCAACUGCAGCCUGGCGCGGAGCCGCUCCCGCGAGAGCAUCCACAGCGUGCGCCGCGCCUCCUCCGUCGACGACAUCGAGACCAUGAAGGGCGAGGGCGACAAGCGCUGCCACAACCGCCACGCCAGCACCGGCGCCAGCAUGCACCGCGGCUCCAGCACCGGGGCCAUGAACAACGUCCGGAGCGCCCUGCUGAACUCCACCUCCGACUCGGACCUGAUGCGCUACCGGGCCAUCAGCAAGAUCCCCCAGAUCACCCUCAACUUCGUGGACUUCAAGGCGGACGCCUUCCUGGCCGCGCCGCCCGGCGAGAAGGAGAUCAUCGCCCCCACCAAGCUGAAGGACCGCACCCACAACGUCACCGAGAAGGUCACCCAGGUGAGCCCGCUGGCGCCCGCCACGCCGCCGGCUGACGGAGCCCUGAUGUACGCCAGCAUCUUCGGGAACGUGUCGGCCAUCAUCCAGCGCCUGUACUCCGGCACCGCGCGCUACCACACCCAGAUGCUGCGCGUCCGCGAGUUCAUCCGCUUCCACCAGAUCCCCAACCCGCUGCGCCAGCGCCUGGAGGAGUACUUCCAGCACGCCUGGUCCUACACCAACGGCAUCGACAUGAACGCGGUGCUGAAGGGUUUCCCCGAGUGCCUGCAGGCAGACAUCUGCCUGCACCUGAACCGCAGCCUGCUGCAGAACUGCAAGCCCUUCAAGGGGGCCACCAAGGGCUGCCUGCGCGCCCUGGCCAUGAAGUUCAAGACCACCCACGCCCCCCCCGGGGACACGCUGGUGCACGCCGGGGACGUCCUCACCGCCCUCUACUUCAUCUCCCGCGGCUCCAUCGAGAUCCUGCGUGGGGACACGGUGGUGGCCAUCCUGGGGAAGAACGACAUUUUCGGGGAGCCGCUGAACCUGUACGCGCGGCCGGGGAAGUCCAACGCGGACGUGCGGGCGCUGACCUACUGCGACCUGCACAAGAUCCACCGCGAGGACCUGCUGGAGGUGCUGGACAUGUACCCCGAGUUCUCCGACCACUUCUGGUCCAGCCUGGAGAUCACCUUCAACCUGCGCGAUACCAACAUGAUCCCCGGCUCCCCGGGCAGCGACGAACUGGACAGUGGCUUCAACCGCCUGCGAAAGCGCAAGCUCUCCUUCCGCCGGCGCACGGAGAAAGACGCCGCCAACGCCGGGGAGCUGCGGAGCGGGCAGAAGGCGCUGCGGCCGGGCCGGAGCUGCCAGGCACCCGGGGCCCCACGCGGGCCGGCCGAGUGGGAGCCCUGCCACUCCAGCUCGCCCUCCAGCUCCCCUUCCAGCGACGAGGACGAGCCCCCCGCGCUCGGGCCGGGGGCCGCUGCGCUCUCCCCCUUCCGCAGCGCCCGCCCGGGCAGCGAGGCGCCUGCGCCCGCCGAGGCCGAGGAGCGCAAGGGCAGCGACAUGUGCAACCCCCUCUCAGGAGCCUUCUCGGGGGUCUCCAACAUCUUCAGCUUCUGGGGGGAGAGCCGGGGACGGCAGUACCAGGAGCUGCCGCGCUGCACCAUCCCGGCUCACGCCGCCCUCAGCAUCCCGCUGCCGUCCAUGAGCCGCCGACAGCGCUCCGAGGUGGAGACGCGCCUCGACCUGCUCCAGAAGCAGCUCAACAGGCUGGAGACCCGCAUGGCCGCGGACAUCAGCUCCAUCAUGCAGCUGCUGCAGCGUCAGGCCGCGCUGGUGCCGCCCGCCUACAGCACGGUCUCGUCCCCCCACCAGCCCCCCGGCCCCCCGUGUCCGCUGCAGCCCGUCCUCCCCAUCACCCCCAUCCAACCGCUCUCUCAGGUUCCCAGCUACCCGGUGCCGCUGGAGCUGCCGCGUGCCCCGGACCCCCGCGACGAGCCGCCCCCGCCGCCGGACGUGGUGCUGCUGGUGGAGCCGGCGGCCGCCCCGCCGCGACGCCUCUCCCUGCCCGGACAGCUGGCCGCCGCGCCGGACACACAGACCCUGCAUAGACACUGCUCCGACCCCGGGAGUUAA